CGCAUAUGGGAUAUGUUGUCACCUCAGCCACAUUGCUCAAGAGUUUUCGACUGUCAGGCUCCUGUAAAUGCUGCCUGCUUGCAUCCAAAUCAAGUAGAAAUAGCUAUGGGUUCACAAAACGGUGGUGUUUAUUUGUGGGAUGUUAAAUCUGAGGUACAUGAUCAAUUGAUACCGGAGGUAGAUGCGUCCAUUCAGGAUGUGGCAAUUUCACCCGAUGGACAGUACAUGGCAGCUGUAAACAAUAAAGGCAAUUGCUACAUUUGGUCUCUUAGCUCAUCGCCAAAUCAACAACUAAGUACUCUUAGCCCCAAACUUAAAAUAGCAGCACAUAAGCGAUAUGUAUUGCGAUGCAAAUUUAGCCCAGACUCUCGACUGCUGAUAACUACCUCCGGUGAUGGAACUGCGCGCAUUUGGGAGACUGAGCAUUUUACGAUGUGGCGUGAAUUAUCUGUAGAUAAUUAUUGGGUGUGGGACGCAGCGUUCAGCGCCGACUCUAAAUAUGUGUUCACCGCUUCAUCCGACAGCAUAGCCCGCCUAUGGAAACUGCAAACUAAGAACGCGGAAAGAAAGUACACCGGGCACACUAAAGCUAUAACUGCUCUGUCAUUCAAAGAUGAAAUAGUAUCGGAAUAACAUGAAGCUUUAGGGAGUGAAACGGGUGGUAAGUUGUUGAGUGGGUCACGAAAUUUAUGUAAUUGCCGCAAAGAAAAGAAUAGAACUAGUGGUGGUAUAUGCUGCUUAUUUACCACAUACUU